AUGGUGACAGGGGAAGCCACCGUCCCGCUUUUCCUUCCUCAUCGCCUGGCGGCGGACCUGGUCCUACUUGGCUGCGGUUUUCCCUUCCCCGAUGACCUAGUCGGUCCUUCCCCCCGGGGUUGCCCCCCCGGCCCCGCAUUUGGUUUUCCUGGCCCCUUCCUCGGGGGGGUUUCCCCCCCCCACCCCCGUAUUCAGCGUUUCCUUGCUUUGGAGCCAGGUUCGGGCCCCCCCGUUGACUCUGAGGGUUUCCUUGUGUACCACCCCCGGGGUAAUUCCCCCUUGCGGGGGGCUAGUUCGGGGCCCCCCUUGGCCCGGGUCUCAUCCCCCGUGUUCGGGACCAUAGUAGUGCCCUUCCCCCCAGCCGCCCGUUCCCCCGCCUUCGCGGCCUGCUCUUCUCCCUCUCGCCCCCGUCUGCCCGCUUCGGCUGUUCGUCGCGGAUUCCGCGCUGCGUUUGUCUCCCUCCGGUGCUCUGCCCUUUCGCCCGUCCCGCCUGGCUUAGCGGCUUCUCCCCCGGUGCCCCCCCGUACUUUGCUUGGCUCCUUUGCGUUUUUGAUGCCCCCCCCCGACUGCCCCGUGCCCGUUGAGGGGGUUCGCGCUCCCUUCCGGCCCCUGGAUUCGUGCCUUAGGCCCUCUCGCCCUUUCCCCCCCCCGUGUGUCGUCGCCCCUUUCGGUCCUCUUCCUCCCCCCUCCUCUUUCCCGGUGCCUCAUGGCGUUGCCGGGGGUCGUGUGUCGCGGUUGGCGUAUUCCCCCCCCCCCCCCCGGCUCGUUGUGAGUGCGGUGCUUGUGGUCGGCCUUCAGGCCCCCUCCUUGAGCGUUGCUGUUUGUCCCUAUGGCCGGUUGCCGGCGUUUACUCCUUGUUCCCCUUUGGUGCCUCCCCCCCCACCCUGCCCCGUUCGAGUCCUUCUCUCGUUUCCCACUCUCCUUCCACUCGCUUUCUCGUCCUGGCGCGCCUCGUCCUUGCUCUCUUCCGGCGCGGCGUUCCCCCCUCCUUUGCGGCCUUCGGCCUCCCGCCCUUCCGCUUAUCUCUCUCGAGUCUCCCUGGCUCUCACAUCGAUCCCGCGGUGCCUGCCCUCUGGGCCCCCUGUUCUCUUCCCUGUUUGCGCUCUUUCUCGCCACCUCACGCUGGGAUUUGCCUACCUCCCUUUCGCUCCGGUGCCUCUCUUGGUGUUCUGA